GGCUGGGGGGGAGUGUACUUCCAGAAAAACCAGUAAAAGAAGGAAGCAGAAGAGGGAAAGGAAAAAUGCUGAGCAGGAGCAGUCUCAGCCCAGCCUUGGCCUGACCCACGGUGGAAGAGCUGUGACGCAUAAACCACACUGCAGAGCUGAACUGGCCUUUUGGACCUUGUAUCAGUCAUUGGCUUGGGAGGUGAAGGAAAUUCCCAGGUAGGGGGCUCCAUUCUUCCUGCAAGGGGAUCUGAGUGGGACACCAAAUCAGCAUCUACACCCAGGACAGCCAGCCAGCGUGGACUUGCAUGAUCCGCCAUCGCACAGGAGGGAAAGGUAAUCAUUAAAACACAAUGUGCCAUCCUGUGAAGAGGGCCAGACCUGGAAGUCAAUCUUCAGCGUUUGAGAUAUGGUGGAGAUCAGGGUGGAUGACCUCUGAGGUCUCUAGCCAGGACCAGUUACAUAAUUUGCACAGCCCCGUGCAAAAUGAAAACACAAGACCCCCUAUUAGAAAAUCAUUUCAAGACGGCAACAGCAAAGUACUAAACCAAGUACAGGGUUCUGAGCAUGCGGACCGUUGUGACUGCAUGGACUGUUCACCCAUGAAACCAGCUCUGUCUCUGGCAGAGGGGACUGCAGGCUUUGGAACCAAGGAACUCCAGCCUGGGAGCCAGGCACAGCCCGAGGCUGUGCUGAAGGCAGAGAAGGAAAUGUGACCCAGGAACUGCAUGCCACAGACCAAGACAGUGAGGGCUGGAGCACAAAGAGGGAGUGGGUUAGGGAGCCUGGAAGGAAUGUGGCUCUUCCCACAGAGCCUCUGGAGUCUUGUGCAUCAAGUACACAUCUAAUAAGCAAACUCAUUGAAUAUACCGUGUGUGUGAGAGAGAGAGAGAGACAGAGAGAGAGAGAGAGGCUAAAAUAGAAGAAAGCUGCAAAGUGCUGGAGGGCAGGAGUCAGAGGAGAAAGAGGCCCAUUCUGCGCAUUCUUGCUGGAGAGAGGCUUUGCAAAGGGACCUGUCUGGGAACCAAGAACUGGGAAGGGGGCCAGGGUGAGGAUUCUGAAGUUUGCCCUAGGGGUAGGAGCAUAUUUUAGGGGUCGAGCGACACACCCCUGGGCUUCCAGAAGUCGGAUGGGGCUAAACGUGGAGAGCAACAAGCAGGGGGACGCGACGAAUAUCAGGCCGAGGGAUCUCCAAACGCAGCCAACUCCUCCUGGGGACACAAACCCCGCGGGGGCACGGUCUCGAUGGAGGGGAGUGUGCUCCGCGGUAUCGGAGCCUACGGCCACCAGCGCCUCGCCCACUCGGGGGCCGCGCUCCCCUCGCCACCGAGCUGGACCCGCCUCCUGACGGUGCGCGGAGGUGCGGCUCGGUGCGCAGCUGCGGAGGAUCGCUUCCGGGGGGCGGGUCAGCGGAAGUGAGGGCGGUUGAGGCUGGGCGGCCCAAGGUGGAAGGAGGGGCCGUGAGGUGAGAGAGUCCGGGAGCCUGAGCCUGAGAUGGCCUGAUAUGAAGGAGUCACGCCUUCCGCCUCCCGGAGCUGCCCAGUGGCUGCCUUGUCCUUCAAGUGCAGGAGCUGGUUCGAAUGUCAGGAAUGGAAGCCACUGUGACCAUCCCAAUCUGGCAAAACAAGCCACAUGGGGCUGCUCGAAGUGUAGUAAGAAGAAUUGGUACCAACCUACCCUUGAAGCCGUGUGCCCGGGCGUCCUUUGAGACCCUGCCCAACAUCUCUGACCUGUGUUUGAGAGAUGUGCCCCCAGUCCCUACCCUGGCUGACAUUGCCUGGAUUGCUGCGGAUGAAGAGGAGACAUAUGCCCGGGUCAGGAGUGAUACGCGCCCCCUGAGGCACACCUGGAAACCCAGCCCUCUGAUUGUCAUGCAGCGCAAUGCCUCUGUUCCCAACCUGCGUGGGUCCGAGGAGAGGCUUCUGGCCCUGAAGAAGCCAGCCCUGCCAGCCCUAAGCCGCACUACUGAGCUGCAGGACGAGCUGAGCCACUUGCGCAGCCAGAUUGCAAAGAUAGUGGCAGCUGAUGCAGCUUCGGCUUCAUUAACGCCAGAUUUCUUAUCUCCAGGAAGUUCAAAUGUCUCUUCUCCCUUACCUUGUUUUGGAUCCUCAUUCCACUCUACAACUUCCUUUGUCAUUAGUGACAUCACCGAGGAGACAGAGGUGGAGGUCCCUGAGCUUCCAUCAGUCCCCCUGCUUUGUUCUGCCAGCCCUGAAUGUUGCAAACUAGAACACAAAGCUGCCUGCAGUUCGUCUGAAGAGGAUGACUGCGUCUCUUUGUCCAAGGCCAGCAGCUUUGCAGACAUGAUGGGUAUCCUGAAGGACUUUCACCGAAUGAAACAGAGUCAAGAUCUGAACCGGAGUUUAUUGAAGGAGGAAGACCCUGCUGUGCUUAUCUCUGAGGUCCUAAGGAGGAAGUUUGCUCUAAAGGAAGAAGAUAUCAGUAGAAAAGGAAACUGACAACCCUCAGCUCUGCAAACUCAGUCUCAUGCUCCUGGAAUACCUUCAAUAGCUGCCUUCCUCACUGCAGAUGUUUCUGCCUCUUAAGGAUAGAUCUUCUGCAACAGUCUUGCUGACAAGCUAGAGCUUGGACUGAAAGAAAAGAGCUGGAUUAUAUGUUUCCCAGACUUCAAACCCUAGCAGAAGCUAAGGCUUGUGAUUUGACCUGAGACAUUUGUUUCAGGUAAUCGUGUAGAAUGAAGUAUCUUAGUUUAAAGGGUAAGAGAGAAGUUGUUUCUGGUUUUUCCUUGCCCCUGUGUGAAAAUAGGUCCUAAAUGACUGACUUCACUGCAUUAGACCCUAUAACUGGUCUCACAAGAUACUUUGUGCCCAGCUGUCACUCACUCUCAGCAGCUUCCUUGCAGCAGAGCAGGGCUGAGGGGAAGGGGCUAUAAAUGUUUGUAUACAUGUUCACAGGGCACGGAAAAUCUUAUGCUGCUCCGUCAUAAACCUACACCAAUGCCCAGCAAUCACCCUCCUCACUUCCUUGUCUAGAUGUAGAGGUCAGGCUGCUGAACCAGCCGACACAUGGGCUACUGCUGGGAAGCCUGGGCUGUUUUUUUUUCUUAAACACAUUUUAUAUUACUGAACAACCAAAUCUACCCUCCACGGCCCUGAGGCCUUAUCAGUUCCACUGAUUAAAAACUUUCUCUUCCACGGACUUUAAGCCCGGUAGGAAAGAGAAAGGAGGAGGGGGAAAGAGCAAACCAUCUUUCUUCCAGGCCCUUGACUGCUCCUUUGGGCUGGGCCAAGGUUUGUAUGUACCACACCAUGCAUGACUCAGAUGCCCUCAGGUCCCUUUCUCUAUGGUAUGUAUACUGCUUGUGUUUGGGUUGAAGCACUACCUGACAUUAAAGGAAGGACUUGGAGAGAGAAUGCA